GGAGCCAAGCGGUCCGAGGUGGGAGGUGCACAGUCGGGCUCGGGAGCCCCUCCCGAGUCCGCGCACCCGGCACCCUGCGCCCCGAGCGAGGGCCCAGCUGGACUCCAGGCGGGCAGGUGCAGAAGGAGCAGAGGGGACCAGGGACAAGGGUAGAAGCAAGUCCUGCAGGAAGACAGACGCCGCUGCUCCCUCUGACUGCUGCCGCCGCUGCCCGCCACCACCUCCGAGCCGGCGUCCGGAGUCGGGAGGCAGGCAGAGCGCAGGGUGGGGGCGCGCAGGGCGCCCAUGGAGCACACGCACGCCCACCUCCCCGACGCCAACAGCUCGCUGUUCUGGUCCGCCGGCUCGGCCUGCGGCUUGGGCUUCGUGCCUGUGGUCUACUACAGCCUCUUGUUGUGCCUCGGUUUACCAGCAAAUAUCUUGACAGUGAUCAUCCUCUCUCAGCUGGUGGCUAGAAGACAGAAGUCCUCCUACAACUAUCUCUUGGCACUCGCUGCUGCUGACAUCUUGGUCCUAUUUUUCAUUGUGUUUGUGGACUUCCUCCUGGAAGAUUUCAUCCUGAACAUGCAGAUGCCUCCAGUUCCUGACAAGAUCAUAGAGGUGCUGGAGUUCUCGUCCAUCCACACCUCCAUUUGGAUCACGGUCCCCUUAACCAUUGACAGGUAUAUUGCUGUCUGCCACCCUCUCAAAUACCACACAGUCUCCUACCCAGCCCGCACCAGGAAGGUCAUUAUCAGUGUUUACAUCACCUGCUUUCUGACCAGCAUCCCCUACUACUGGUGGCCCAACAUCUGGACUGAAGACUACAUCAGCACCUCUUUGCAUCACGUCCUGGUCUGGGUCCACUGCUUCACAGUGUACCUGGUGCCCUGUUCUAUCUUCUUCAUAUUGAACUCCAUCAUUGUGUACAAGCUUAGGAGGAAGAGCAAUUUCCGUCUCCGGGGCUACUCCACAGGCAAAACCACUGCCAUCUUGUUCACCAUCACCUCUAUCUUUGCCACCCUUUGGGCACCCCGCAUCAUCAUGAUCCUCUAUCACCUCUAUGGGGCGCCUAUCCAGAACCGCUGGCUGCUGCACAUUAUGUCUGACAUUGCCAACAUGCUGGCCCUUCUGAACACGGCCAUCAACUUCUUCCUCUACUGUUUCAUCAGUAAGCGGUUCCGCACCAUGGCAGCUGCCACACUCAAGGCCUUCUUCAAGUGCCAGAAGCAGCCUGUACAGUUCUACACCAAUCACAACUUUUCCAUAACAAGUAGCCCCUGGAUCUCACCAGCAAACUCACACUGUAUCAAGAUGCUGGUGUAUCAGUAUGACAAAAAUGGGAAACCUAUAAAGGUAUCCCCUUGACCCCAUGGGUUGGGCACCUAGUGCCUCUGUGGUAUUCAUUUCCAGAUGGGAGGGCAUCCCGUCCUGUGGCUGAACAGCUCUUCUUAAGAGUGCUCACCUCAUUUCCUAUCUCCACAGAUUGAGCAACUCUCAGAUGGUAGCUGACAAAAAUGGAAGAGAAGAAAGGAAAGCAUGAAUCAUUUUAUUUAUGUAUUCGUUUUCACAAAAUCAUGCUGACAACAAAAGUUCCUACCAGUUGGAAGAU